AGAGCUUUAGGGGCAUCCCGCAUUAUUUCAGAAAAACGCUUCUUUCAGGUCAAGGCCAUUGAAAUGGUAAAACAACAUGGCUGAUGGAAACAGGAAAAGCGAUUCUGGCAAAGAAAAUAUUGAUAGAUCUCACUCUAUACCUGAAAUUGGUGAACAUUAUUUAGUGAAAAGAUCAGAUAAUUCUCUACAUGCAGCAGAAAUCAUUCAAAUUCGACAGAAUGAAACUGGAACACAAGAACUAUAUGUACACUAUGAGGGUUUCGAUCGUCGCUUGGAUGAAUGGGUUGAUUUGGACAGGUAGGCUGCUAAGUCAAAGUCCCUUAGUCCUAAGUAGUUAGUUACUAAACUAGAACUUAGAAGACCUACAGAAAAAUAAAACAAAAUUAUUUUAGCCUACUCCUUUCAGAAUAUAAAGAAUAAAUAAAUGAUAUUUGUGUCAUAAGGAUAGGAUUGAUUGGGUCAAUGAACUCGUCACUACACUACACUGAAUUACUUGAAUUAGUCUUAGUCAUUAGUACUAGUACACAGUGUGAAUUAUUAUCAAUAUUAGGUAUUUUGAAAGACGCACGCGCAUCCCUUCUGCGCAGUCGAAAAAUCACGGAAAAACUUUUGUGGCCAUUUCCUAAUUGGCUCUGUGGUGUACUCGGAUUUUUGCGUUCUACGUCACAGUUUUCUAAUUAUACAUUUGUUUUGUUAUCGAUUACUCAAUAUUGACAAUAUAAAUGUAAUAUAAGCCUAAUAAAAAUUCAAACAGUAGGCCACAAUUACUUUUUAAAAACUUGACAAGUUAAUCAACAAGUUCACGGGACUUCUAACUUAUUACAAUUACAGUAUUUAUGGGUAUUUGGUGUUCAUUUGACAUUAUUAAAAUUAUUAGUUGUAUUAGUUCUGCCUGGUAGGUACUUUAGUUUUAAAAAAUUUAAAAAUUAUCAAAGUAGUGUAGAGCAAACUUUAAAUUUUAAAAAUGAAACCAAAAUUAACUUUCUUUCUUUGGUUUUAGUAGUUUGUGAGGUAUGAAUCUUUAAAGUAUGACUUUGUUUGUCCUUUUUUAACAUGACAUGGACCUAGGUACUUUUAUUUUAUAAGAAAAUUAAAACUUUUUGUAAAAUUAAACCAAUGGCAUAGUUGAAUAGAGCUAAUUUUGUAAAAGAAUUAUAACACCAAAAUCAUAUUUUUAGCUGUUGUAGUUUUAAACUUAUGAAUUUUUAAAGUACAACUUAGUUUGUCAUUUUUUAACAUGGACUGCAUCUCCACAUUCCGCUGUUCGCGUCUCGAGCUAUAUAACUCGUUUUAAUGAUAAUUUUAUGCGACUUUUAUAAUCAGAACUAAUGCUGUAUUAACAAAUAAUGUUAAUAAUGUUAUACAAUUAUAUAUAAAUUAUAGUUUAUCUAACUAUGCACUAUGUAUAACAAUAUAUUUAAAUAAAUAUAUGGCUUUUCUGUUUACCAAAUCUACAGCGUCCAUCAAUGGUACAUGCUAUAUACUCUAUAUAAGGCAACGCACCCCCUAAAAUAUUGUUUGGGAUCUACUUAUUUUAAACUUUCAACUUUGGCACAUGACUAAUUAACGAAAGCUUUCCUUGACCAAUGGUGUUAAUAGUUUUUGCACACGGCAAACUCUUAUGAAUGAAACUUGAGGUAGUACUAGGGCAUAGCAUUAUGCAAAUGCCUGUGAAUGGUUUCCCAUGACUUUUUGCACACUGUCAAUUCUGAUCGUUAAUAAUAUGGACUCUACCGGGUUUUUAAAGCUCAAAUUUAAACAUUCUAGUAUAAAUGUCUUCAAAAUGCAUUCCUAAACACAAGUUAUCAAAUUAAUAUUUUGAUGUAUAUAGAGGUAAUAAUGAAUAUUUCCUAAGCUAAGUAUUGGCAUUUUCCGCCAUUUAAAAGGGGGCGGGAUCACUAAUCCAAUAUGGCCUGUGCGACCUUUGCAUAAUGAGGUCAACGUUGAGGAGAAUUGUGAAAAUGUUUCAUGUGCUAUCCCAAUGAAAUUUUGCACACGUGUACUUAAACAAAUUAUGCAGGCCUACUUUUAAUAUGAAAGACCUACUUUGAAUAUUUAGACCAAAUUUUUUAAUGCGAAGUUGCCUUAUACUAUACUGACAUACAAUUUUCCUCACUUAAAGUUGAGAUAAAGAACAAAUUAACUCAAUGGGAAUGUAGUUCAACAUUUUUCCUAACGUUAAUGGGCGGAGUGAAACCUUAAUUAUGGGCCUAAAGGACUCCUAAUUUAUUCAAAUUACAUGCACAUGAAAAAAUUAAAAACUCAGAUUCUAUUGCACAGACGCCCAUUUCCGAUUACAAAUUUACUAGGAGUGUCCGUUGCUUCGGCGGAGUAUCUACAUGGACCGCAUCUCCACACUCUGUGACGCGUCAUGAGCUAUAUAACUCUAAUUUUAAUUAUGAUUUUAUACUACUUUUAUUUUGAAAACUAAUGCUGUAUUAAAAAAUAAUUCUAAUAAUGUUAUAAAAUUAUACAUAAAUUGUAGAUUAUCUAACUAUGCACUAUGUUAGGUAUAUCGGUAAAUUUUAUAUAAUGUAUAAUAUAUGCAAUUUCUGUUUACCAAAUCUACUGUGUCCAUUAUACCGGUAUUUGCUAUAUAGUCUAUAUAAGGCAAUGCAUCCCCUUAUUACUAAAAUACUCUUUGGAGACUAAUUAUUUUGAACUUCAACUUUGGCUUAAGACUAAUUAAUUAAGGCUUUCCUGACCAAUGGUUUAAUAGUUUUUGCACAUGGCAAACUCUUGAAUGAAACUCUGAGGUAGUACUGCGGUAUAGCCAUUUUGCGAGUGGCUGUGAAUUGUUGCACGGAAAAUUCUGAUCACUUAUAAUAUGGACUCUACCAGGUUUUUAAAGCUCAAAUUAAAAUAUUCCAGAUUAAAUGUUUUCAAAAUGCAUUCUGAAACACAAGUUAUCAAAUAUUUUUAUGUAUAUAGGGGUAAUAAUUGAAUAUUUCCUAAGCUAAGUAUCAGCGCCUUCCGCCAUUUUAAACUUGCCUUGUCACCAAUCCAAAAUGGCCUGUGCGACCUUUGCAUAAUCAGGUCUAUGUAGAGAAUUGUGAAAAUGUUUCAUGAGCUAGCGCAAUUAAAUUUUGCACACGUAUACCUCAAUAUAUUGUGCUGACAUACAAUUAGCAUGAAAGACAUACUUUUAAUAUUUCAUUUUGAAAGAUGCCUUAUAUUGACAUAUGAUAUUCUUCACUUAGAGUUGAUGUAAAAGGCAAAAAAAAUAAAUGGGAAUGUAUGUCAACAUGUCUCCUAAUGUGAAUGGGUGAAGUCAGACCUUAAUUAUGGGCCAAAAGGACUCCUGUAUCAUUAAAAUUAAACUCGCUAAAAAAAAAAGAAAACUUUGCGCUGACGCCCAUUUCCAUAAAAAAUGUUUUAGGAGUCUCCCUUGCUUUACCGAAGUGCCUAGGAAGAGGCAAUCAAAAACUCUAAAUAAUUAGCAUUACUGCGGCUGUGUCCAAUCACAUUUUUACUGAUUUUUUAAUAUUUUUUUUAUUGAUUUCAACUUUUGGUAGGUUGGAUCUAACUACAAAAUUUGAAGAUCCACAAAGCAAAAGUGGUGAGCUAACCAUAUCACUAACAGACUUCACUGAUGGUACGGAUCGUAAAAUUACAAGGAAUCAAAAACGUAAACAUGAUGAAAUCAAUCAUGUCCAAAAGACUUUUGCUGAGAUGGAUCCCACUACAGCAGCACUUGAAAAAGAACAUGAAGCUAUUACUAAGGUAGGUGUUUCAAUACUUUACCAGGCACCUUUCUGCAUAUACUGAAAAGUUAUGUAGUAUUGACAUGCUUUCGACAUGUGUUUUAUGUUGACCUCUGUUAAUUUACCAUUUUGGCAGAAAUUUUUAUAGAUGGAUUUUUAUUAUCAAUGAUAUAAAGUGGAUUCCCUUUGCUUCAUAUGUAAAAGCAAUUUAAAGAUAUAAAUGUUAAUAGCUCAAAUAUUUCUAAGGCUACCGUUACUACCGAAGCUUUCCCCCUUUUUUUCUAUUUGUUAAGUUCAUUAGGACCUAAUGCUACUGGCAGUAGCACUGUGCUGUGUACUGUUGUAGUGUUUACUAAAUUUAGAUCUUAACAUAUAAUAUUUGGUCAUAAUUAUCCAAAUUUAUCUGUUAUAAUUAAAGCAUAUGAUAGCCAUUAAAGAAAACAACGCUCUCUUUAAAAUAAAUCACUGUAGGCCAAGGCUAAGCAUGGCGAAACACUGCUAAAAUUAAUAUUUUUUUUGUGCAAAUCAUGUCAUUCUCAGACUUGUUUAAAAUACAAUAAAUGUGAUUUUCUUCUUCCUUUUUUUUUUGGUUUACAUAAAUUUUUUUUUCAGGGUUUUAUGAAGUUACCCUCUAAUAUAAUUAUCCACACAAACUUAAAAUUAUGUAAAAGCUGUAUUGUUCAUAAGUCCCUAACUGAGAUAUUUUGUCUCUUCCAAUAAAAUAUUGACUAGAUCAAAGUUAGCCAACAUUUUCUAACACCCCCCCCCCCUCCUCCCCUCAAUGAAUUGAUAAACGUCUUGCAUCCCUCUAUAUUAAUUGUUUGACUAUGUCUUGCACCUCCUAGUUAAGUCACAACAAUUUUGAAAUUAGAAGGAAAAAAAUGGUUUUAUAAUUUUUUUUAUUGCAUUAAAAAUAGAAUGUUACAAAAUUAACAAAUUACAAAAUUAUUGCAUUUAAAAAUGCUAAUUAAGAAAAUUUUAAAAAUAUAUAUAUAAACCAUUAAUAUCUUAACUCAAAAGUGAAUGCCUACUCUAUUCUUACUAUCAAUUUUCCUCGCGCCCCCUAAAAUGCCACUUGGCACCCCAGUUUGGGAAAGCCUGAUCUAAAUAAACAUUUUCCCCACAUCGCAUUCACCAUAUUAAAAUAUUUUUAUCAUGGUUGGACCUUUAUUAAAGAAAUGGCAUAAAAGAUUUUUUUUAAAGUAAAAAUAAAGUUUCAAGCGUGUUCAGUUUUCCUUCAAAUGGUGCAGUUAGACUAAAAAUGUUGUUUGCAUCACACAAAUGAUAAGCCUGAUGUUGAAAUUGUUGUUUUUUAUGAUUCCUUGUAAUUUAAAAAAAAAAUUAAAUGCAAAUUACUGCCGACCUGUUUACCCCUAUGAUUUUGCUGUAGUAUCUACAAUUCUAGACCCAAGACUAUGUCAUGCCUACUUAACUGCUGUACCUGGAGUUGUAUUUUUAUGAAUACAUUUGUGUCCAAAUUUAUUUUUUUUAAAUGGGGGAUUUUCAGUAAAAGGUUACCAUAUUUUUUUCUUAAAGACUGUAAGCAAUCAAAAAAGAAUGACAAUUAGUGUGGACUUUCAGACACAGCUUUUUUUUAUUGUUCUCACCCUCUUUCCCCACCCCAUCCUUGCAAAUUGACCAAAUUAAUUACUCUUAGGAGCUAGAAACUUGUGUUUGAGAGCUGAAAAAUACUCUCACACUAAUCUAUGGGUAAACAGGUCGGUUGCUAUAACUAUUAUUAUCAUCUCUUUAUUACCCUUAAUAAUUCAUAUGAAAACAUAUUUCAGGUCAAAUACAUUGACAAAAUUCAGUUUGGGAAGUAUGAAAUUGAUGCUUGGUAUUUCUCACCAUACCCUGAAGAAUAUGGCAAACAACCUAAGCUGUGGAUCUGUGAGUUUUGUCUCAAGUACAUGAAGCUAGAGAAAUCGUUUCGCUAUCAUCAGUCACAGUGUACAUGGAGACACCCCCCUGGGAAAGAAAUAUAUCGCAAGGUCUGCUUUAACCUAAUUGACCUUAGUAGUGUCUCAGCCUAAUAAUUAUCUGAAUUCAGGUUCAUAGUAAUAUAGAUGGUAUUACUAUUUUUUAAUAUUUUAAAAGGUUCUAUAACCUAAUAUUUAACCCUCUACUGCCGCUUUGUAUCCUCCCAGAUUCCCUCAUGCUACUAUUGCUGAGUUUUUUUUAGCCAGAUACACAUGGUUGCAAUUAUAUGCUCAUUCAGGACGCCUAGCUACGCCAUACAACUGCUAAAAUUAACUGCUAUUCACACAAAUUCGUGUUCUUACAUAAAAAAGUUAUGAAAGAUCAAAGUUUAGCGUGGCUUUCUAAGUUUUGAUGAGAGUUUUAAGAUGAUAAAAGAUAAUGCCAGUGGUCAGAGUGAUGAGAGGUGAAUUUUUUAAAAUUGUACUGUACUGAUAUUCGAUUUCAGAAGUUAAAAUGAGAAGUUUUCCUCUAAAUCAGCCUUCCCCAAUUGGUGGUCGCCAGACCGGCACUGGUCCGCAAGCUUUACGUUUGCCUGGUCUGCACAACAUUGGUCAAGAAAUAAGUUUGAGUCUUGUUUCAAAACAAACUUAUGAACGAAAGUCUUUGGUAUAAAAAUAGCCUACGUUUUACCAGAAGCUGACGCUAUUUACCAGAAUAAAAUUUUAUAUACAUAUGAAACCUAUCAAUUAAAACACACGAACAAGGCCAAACCCAUUUCAUUAACAUUUCUUUGCACCACAAGAUCAUUUCCCUGAACUGGCAACCCAAAGUAGUGUUUCAACCGAGAAAAGGAGAAUGCCUGCAACAUGAAAGGGAAACACAUCUUAACAUGUACUCGCUGGCUUUAAAUUGAAUGCUACUUAUUUAGAUCUUGCAAGGAAUAUAAUUCUGUUCAAAUUUUAAUUUAGGACAUGAUACAAUCUAUCGAUUGAUAUAUAGUUUAUGACUUCAUGUUUUAUGUGUAUAUAAUUUUUAAAUAUUUAAAAUUAAAAUUAGGUUUCUUAAUGCAGUUAUGCCCAUUUCAGACCUGUUUACUCAAUGAUUUUGGCUUACAGUGUACGAUUUUGAUGUCUUUUACGAUUGUACGUCGAGACCCGUCAGAACAAAAUAUAUACAUUCCGUAGUUUUUGCAGAUUAAAAAAAUAAUUAAUUAUAAAGUGCAUCUUUGUGUAUUAGUUUUAAUUUGCAUUUUAAAUCUAACAACGAAUGGUACGAGAAAUACGAUUGGUUGCGGACCAUCUAUAUGUAUAUUACGUUUGUCCUGAGAGGGGAAUGGACUGGUGUUGGUUUGGAGAUUUUUUAAGUUAAGGGUGGGUUCUAAAUAUGUAAUUAUCUUAAAUUUAACAACGCCACAUUUUCGUAUGAUGGUGUGUGUGGGAGGGGGUCGUCUCAUCAGUAAGUACAUAAGUUAUUAACUAAUUCGACAAUAUUCAUCCUGAAAGUGAACAUUCAAAAAUAGCAUAUUUAGUUUUAGGGCAAAGUUUUGUAGUAAAUAUUGCCAUAUAUUUUCACAAAUGAACUGGCUAGAUACACUCAAGUACUCAGUAGUAGAGGUUUUACAGUAAUAUUUAGUCCACUGUCUUCAACAUGCUUGUGACAUAUAUUUUGUUGGACAACGCCAGUGGUUUUAAAAUGUUCGAUUCCCAGGGCCUCUGUCAAAUUUAUGUGUUCACCAGGUGAGGCAGCCGCAGCAACACAUAUAGAAAAAUGUGCACCCUCCGGGGCGUACCAGUAAAAGGAAUAUUUUUAGUGCCCCCUUGUCUUUAUGAAGUAAAUGAGAAUUGUUAGUUUAAUUUGCUAUAAAGGUCGUUCCUAAAGAUGAUUUUCGUGCCCGUUGCUCCUAGUCUCAUUCUCAUGGCCCUGCCGUGCUAUAUGACGUAAUUUUGUGACAAUUAUUUCUUACAGCUGAACCGCGGCUGGCGAGUGCAGAAACGGAGAAAACUAGAGAAUACAUUUAUUAGAUUUCGACAUAUUUUAUAGGAUCUGAGGGGGCCUUUGAAAUCUAUUUUAGAUCACGCUGAACAGCUGUACAAUUUUUAAUACCCCUUUUCCUUUCACCCAUUUACAACUUGUGAUAGUUAUCAGACUGUAAUAUUUUAACAGGAAAUAAGCAUAAUGGAUAUUGAUUCUUAUUAAUUUUUAAAAAAAUAUAUAAUAUAUAUUUCCCUAAAAAUUAAAUUUCAAGUUUCUUGGUAGUUUUUUUUUUUAAAUUCGUUAAUUAUUUCUUAUCUUUAUAAAUUUUAUUUAUGCUGAUCAAAAUUCCAGUUUGAACCACGUUAAAUUUCAACAGUCACCAGUAACUUUAUUUUUACCAGUGACAGACUGUGAUAAUGUGAUCUGCACGUUCAACUAAUAUUAAUUAAUAUCUAUAGCAGAUGCACAUCUUCAAAUCAAAGUGACCAGUUGUCUACUUUUAGAAGUUACUUUUCUUUUUUUUUUACGUCAGCUUACUCAAUUUCACUAGACACACGAUGCGAGUCGUUAUUGUAUAAUGUAAACAUCAUAUAAACGGUAUGUUGAAUUAUUUUCUGUUCGAUACUGUAUUGUACGAUUUGAGACGAUAUUGUAAGAUUUUUGGAGUUCGAGAGUAAACAGGUUUGCCAUUUGUUUAUACAUAUGAAAGAGAAUCUCCACCAACAGUUGGUUUAGACAGGAGUCGGUUAGUACAAAAUUAAUUAAUUGAUCAAUUUAUAACUUCCCGUGUCGAAUCUGAUAGAUGGGUUCUCAUAUAAUUUUAAGUUUAUGGGACUUCCUAUUUUAUUCAUUAUGGUACUAUUCAAAAUUCAGUUAAACAUUCAUAAAUGUAACUAUUUUAAAAAUAUCACAUACCAGUGCUUAUCAACUUCAUUGAUUUUCUUUAUCAGGGAACAAUAUCAGUGUUUGAAGUGGAUGGUAAAGACUGGAAAAUAUAUUGCCAAAAUCUUUGUCUGUUGGCCAAACUGUUUCUGGAUCACAAGACUUUAUAUUUUGAUGUUGAGCCCUUCAUGUUCUACAUUCUUGUGGAAGUUGAUCGUUAUGGCUGCCACCUUGUAGGGUACUUCUCCAAGGAGAAAGAAUCUCCUGACGGCAAUAACCUGGCCUGUAUUUUGACAUUACCGCCACACCAGCGCAAGGGAUAUGGGAAAUUUCUUAUUGCUCUAAGCUAUGAGUUGUCUGUCAUUGAGGGUGUUGUUGGUUCCCCAGAGAAACCACUCUCAGACCUCGGUAAACUUAGCUAUCGCAGCUACUGGACCUCGGUACUCUUGGAGUGCAUUUACAAGAUGGGAGUGAAGGUCAGCAUGAGAGAUUUAGAAAAGAUGACUUCCAUAUCGUACAAUGACGUUGUCAGCACGCUGCAGUCCCUGAAUCUCAUCAAGUACUGGAAAGGAAAUCAUAUUUUGUGUGUAACCCCAAAACUUAUCGAGGAGCUGUACCAAAAAAUCUGCAAAAGACCAAAUCUGACAGUUGAUCCAACGUGCCUUAGGUGGGAGAAACCUGUGUGCAAGCCUCCUGCAAAAGUUGCCAAGCGUUGAGUUCCAUGAGCACUGGUGGGUGAAAUUAUUUUCUAAAUAAUCUGAUCUAAAUUUAAAUAUUUCAUAGUAAAAAAAAAGUCAACAAAUAUGCAUUUUUCUCUAAAAAGUCAAGCAGUAUGCAUUUUUCUCUAUAGCAUGUACAGUUGAAAUAAAAUAAAAUAUUUUCUGCAUAUACCAGGUCAUCGGUAUUUACGAUGUUCCGUUAUAGUACCAUCAUUAUUUAUUUUAUUUUUUUACUUUUUAGUUAAUUUUACAUUUUAGUCAAAGUAGCACCACCAAAAAUUGUGUGCCAUUUAUAGUAAAAUGAAUACAGGUACCGGUAUAUAACUGUCAUAACCUUGGACAUUUAAAAAUUAUUAUUUUUAUUGUUUCUCCUUCAAGUUUGAUCAAAUCUCAAAGAUGGUCCACCUCGGGAUAUCUGGGAAUAUAUGAACAACCUUUAUCCACAAAUUUGUGACACAUCUGCACCUUAACAACAACCUAUAUGCCCAAGAAACAGACUGUAAAUUUUAGGCUCUAACAGAAAUGAGCUCAUGGGUUCUAGUUAUAUGUCAGAUUGUUCUCCUUUAAUUCUGCUGAACAACCUUUAUCCACAAAUUUGCCACUCAUCUGCACCUUAACAACAACCUAGAUGCCUAAGAAACAGACCAUAAAUUUUAGGCUCUAACAGCAAUGAGCUCAUGGGUUAUAGUUAUAUGUCAGAUAGUUCUCCUUUAGUUCUGCUUCUGACUCUGACCAAUGUGGGCGUCAACUGAAGCAUGUGUAAAUCAAUCAUUUGAAAUAAAGCCUGCUGUGUUUUUAGCUUACUUCUGUAUGAAGAAAAGGUAACAUGAUUGAGGGUCAUGUAAAUUACACAGUCUGAAGUCAUUUCAUUGUAAGAGUUAAAUUGAGCACCUUUAACAAUUUCCUUUGUUAGUCAGUACUAGUGCAGUUCAUGACAUGUGUCAGCUGGCUAGCAAUGGUAUAUCACCUGAGUGUCCAACAGUUGUAUAUCACCUGUGUGCCUAGCUAUAUGUCCCUCUGCAGGUACCUACAUAAAGAAAACUUGAUACUGAGCAAAAGAAAAUUGACUUAGCAGAUAAAAGUUAUAUUUGAAAUGUACAGCAAUUUUAUAAUUAUCUAAAAUACUGAAAAUUAUUGUUUAAAAAUUGGGAACCCUUUAGCUAAUUACUUUAUUCUUAUUCUAAUCCAGCAUUGGUUUAAAUUUAAAGUAACUUACUUACUAUUACCAGUGUAUUUGAAAAUAAUUGUUCAUCUUAUUCUGAAAGUAUUUUGUGCUGUCUAAUAAUUUUAGUCUGAGAAAUAAAGGUGAUAGUAAUGGAAUAAGGAAGAGAAUAGUUUUCAUUUUUGUUUGACUAAUUUCUUGACUAAUAUGGAGCAUUUUAAAAUCUGUGGAAAAAAAUAAAUAUAUAAACUUUUUUUCUUUCUAAAA